ACCCCGAAAAUACCGGUAAUGAAGAACGUACUCCGAUCUAUGUUCGGGGUGUGCAGCAGUUCAGCUGAGAAGGGAGAGGUGCACGAUACAAUUCGCAAAGUUUUCGGCAACGACAUGGUUAUGAAGGAUAACACGGACAGAUAUACGCAGAGAAAUAAAUAUAUCAGUCACAUAAGGGACAAUCUGCCCAAAAUUAUAGACAACAAAAUAGCAAGUCAUAAAUCCAAAGCGGGAAAGAAACAUGCUCCUAUUGUUACUGAAACACCUGAAUUCGAUAACAGACCAGGGCGCGUUGGACCGAAAAUUGUAGUCUUUGACGCUUCUACUGGUACAGGACGAUUGGUGUUAGUAGGCGACGAGCGAGUAAGUGUGCAAGGUCUCUCAAGUUUCGCAACUAUCAGGGCAACGGCUUGCGUUUUUGCCGGAAAAUGGAUGUACGAGGUACAGCUUGGCACAAAAGGAAUUAUGCAGGUCGGAUGGUGUACAGCUUCCUGUGUGUUCUCCAUGGACACCGGUGUAGGAGAUACAGCGCAUUCAUACGCGUAUGAUGGUGGAAGAGUCAGGAAGUGGAAUGUGGCGACUUCUCCUUAUGGACAGGCAUGGUUUCCUGGUGAUGUCAUCGGCUCCUGUAUCGACUUGGACAAAGGCACCAUGGAGUUUUAUAGAAAUGGUAUAUCAUUAGGCGUGGCAUUCGAUAACGUGGCAUACGGCGCUGGCCUCGCUUACUUCCCCUCGGUGUCACUGGCUAUGCAAGAACAUCUUUAUGCAAACUUUGGACAUGUUCCCUUUGUCUUUCCAGUGGACGGUUACGCCCCGCUACAAGCGCCACCUAACAAGGAAUGCGCGCGCGCAUCUCUACUUUUCAAAUAUCUAGACGCACUGCUAGAUGAGCUGACCCACCUAACUGAACUUAAAACUCCAGUGACUGCUAAAAGUAGUAAGGCAAAAUCAGAAUCAUCAAGAGAAGAAGAGGUGACGCUUCGCAUCCACAGCUCUGAGUCGACAUACAGUCCCAGGCCUUCUCCACAUUCCAUCGUAGAUACUCAAAGUGAAGAAAUGAAGAAAAUAUCCAAAAAAGCAUUUCUUAUGUCCCUCGCUCGCAUUGUAAUUGUCGAGCUAGGUGGAUCCCUUCGUCUGUCUUACGUGGUAGUCUCAGAACUUCUUCCUCGAUUAAGAGGAGCCCUAGGCUUGAAGAGCAGAGGCACACACGUUGAUCAAUACGCCACGGAAUUUUACUUGAAGAGCAGAGGCGAGAACUUUAAAAAUCUCUCUGCCAAGUUAUUGACACAGCCGCAACCACGUCUUUGCACUUUACUGGACCUACUGUGGACAUUCUUGAACGAAGCUGCGCUUUGUGAUAUUCUGGAACAUUGCGUCGUUAGAGAAUGCUUGCUCUUCGAUCUGGUUUCACCGGACAUGUACUUUACCCAACAAACGGAAGGUGUGUACGUGUUAUGUGGUCUGAUGCAACACCGGGAGACCAGGCACCAUCUCGUCAAAUAUGUGUUCUUCAAUAAAAUCACGUUUGACAACUUCCUAAAUGUGAAGUGCCCUGAUGAUACUGUUCUACGUACUGUCAUCAGAAAAGCCUGGUGGCAAAGACCCACUUCUGUACAAGGAGAAACGGACCCAAGAAUAGCUGAAAUGGCUGAAAAAGGCACAAUAAAGCAAUCACCAUUUUCUCCAACUGAAACAGACAAAAUAUCGAAGCUACUACCAGCUAAUGACGAUUCUGACAUAGAAAAACAAUAUAGAGAGGAUUGCGAUAAAAUCACGAAGGCUGUCGCACCCUUGGAACAAAUCCAGUUGGAAUUCUUACUAAUGCUGCUGGAGAACUCAGACGGCACAAAUAUGGUUCCAUCCACUCGCAAGAUAUUCUUAGAGAAGUUCCGAAGAUACAUAAUGGACAACUGCAUACUGGAUAUGAGGCUGUUCAACAUCUCCCGCAACUCUCCGGCCAUCUCGUGGUGCUGUCACGCCCGUCUGCUCACCGCUAUGCUCAAACUGUGGAGCGAAAACCCCAUAGGCCAUCCUCAUUUACCACCACAUCUGCCUGCCAAGACGUUUAUAGAUGGAGAACUAGACUUCUACAAUGUGGACCGUUUGGGUGGAGUGUUGCCGUUCCUCGUGAGGACUUUAAGACAAGACCUGAUAAAUGUGCUCGGGGAAGACAACCCUUUUAUACAAAGUUUCGAGCCCAAUUACAAUAGGGCUGGCGGUAUUGAUACAGGUGUAAGCGAUAUGACCGCUGGUUCUCCAGGGUUGGCUACGCUACCACAAGUAAUAUCAUCGUUGGCCAGAUUCAUGCAUCAGCCCAUGCCUACAAUGCCGAAUAGAAUAACUGGUGAGACAGCGCUAGCUCUCAAAGGGACUCGCUCCAUGAUGCCCGGCGCUGGAGCUGUUGAUGUCAGAUCAGCACACCUGAGAUUGGUUGAUGGUUUACUAGCCCUUUAUCAUGGAGCUGCUAUUAAACAUGCCGAAAAGCUGUGCGAAUUGAGAGACAACCAAUUGGACAUGGCGGAUUGUCUUCACGAUAUAGAGCAAAGAAUCUACAAUGUUUCCACAGAGAUUAAGCGUCGUUCGAACGAAGAGUUAACAGAACAAGAAAAAAACAGAAAACAGUUAAUGGAAAAUAUUUUGAAAGAAUUAGAAAGAUCCAAGGCGGUGUAUGAGGAGAAACUUGAAGCUGGCUCUCUCCAGAUGGCAUGGGUGAUCGGAGCCAUAUGGACCAAACAGAGACAGGCGGAGCUGGCUAAACACUUCGCAGGAGCCCUGCACUCUUUAAGACUAUCGUCAGACCCUGAUUAUGCGGCGCAUACACAAGUAGCCAGCAGAGAAAUUCUACCAGGCAAAAACUCCAUUCUCGAUGGUGCUAGUUACGCAUCUCUCCAACUGGAGUAUACCUCUAGUUCAGAUCAAAGUCCGCAGAGUCCAACUUCAAGGGCUACCACACCACGUGCGGGUUCCCGCUCACAAUUAGGGACACCAAAUCCUGUAUGUACCCAGGACUAUGCAGAAUCCCUAUUCGCCUUUGUGCCAGAGUACCAUGUGGAUGCUAUGCUGGAACUAUGCAAUACGUUGCGCCUUUAUAUGCAUCCAACUGUCCCGGUUCAGCAGCUUCCAGAAUGGGAGGAGUUGGUGGUGUCGUGUGCUUCAUUCCUCUGCGCGGAGUUUGCGGACCAGCGCAUAGUUCUGGCGAACACGAGGGAGUCCCUAGUACAGACACUAGCGUCGUUCGCGACACAACCAGCCACGAUGCGAGCCAUCGAGAGAGUGCCGGUGAAACAACAAAUGCUAAUGAUAGAAGAGUUACUGCGACCGUACCAGAGUCGUGCGUGGGCGCAGUCCAAUUGGGUGCUGGUGAGGUUCUGGCACGGCUCAGGAUUCGGCUUUAGACAUCGACAGUGGCCGCAUCUAGCUGCCAGGUACGGCGAUAGGGAGCCCACUGUAAACAAUUUGGGUGCUAGAGUAGACGCUGGCCUUAUGAGUCAGUGCUUUGGUCCAUGCCCAUCAGAAAUAAUCCAAGGUCGUAUAAGAGAUUAUUUAGCUGCAAAUCCGAAAGAAGCUGCGGUAUUCCUAAAUUCGCUGCUCAGUCAACUCAACUGGGCGUUAUCUGAGUUCAUAACCAUGAUGCAAGAGAUGGACAGAGUAUACGUGGAUGCCCAGCUGGAGUCGAGACAAAUCAAAUUAUGUGCGACAUGCUUCGACUUGUACCAUGGACUGGCACGGGCAUUAGAAAUGUGCAUAUGCCUAGCUCCGGGCUUGCUAACCAAACCAGAGGCUAGCGAUAACCAAAACGAACUCCUACUGGGACGGACGUGUCAGAUCCUAAUGGCGGUGAUCUCCCGUGUCUGUGUUCGUGGUGGAGGGGGAGCAGGUUUCGCGAGGCUGGUAGCGCGAGGGUUGCCCGAUACCGAUCGUGUACACUACUACGUCGCACUAUCACCAGUAGCCGGCUGCCUCAUCAGAUUGCUAGAUCCCAAGUUACCUCCUGACCAUCUUGAUAAGGUGACACAAGCACUAGUAACCGAACCUCUUUUCCGGGUAGACGGACUAGAAUUUAUGCUUGGAAAAACUAAAGAUUUCUCUUUCUACAAUUACCCGGAUGAUGUUACUGUAAACGAGAUGAAAGCUCUCGAAAUAGUAGUGGACAGACUUCGAGUCGCUCGCGAGGUUGCGGUGAGAGCCAGGUCGCCUGGCUCCAGCGGGGCGCAGUCAGAUCUGCUGUGCACUAUAUGUUACGCCAGGCCCGCGGAUACAGCUUUUGUGCCGUGUGGACACCAUUCUUGCAGAGCAUGCAUAAUGCAACAUUUGUUGAAUAGUAAACAAUGUUUCUUCUGCAAAGCUAAUAUAGACACAGUAACGGAAAUAGAACCCGCAAACAACUAGCAAUAGUUCUUCUUAAUCAGUGUAAUGUAUGGCGGAAAAAAUAUGCGUAGCUUUAAAUACAUGAAAUAUAUUUCAGUAUUUUUAU